GGCCGGAGCGGGGUCGGGCCCGUGCGGGUGGGGCCGGGCCGGAUCGGGCCGGGCCGUGGAGGCGCGGGCCCUCCCCGCCCAGGGCAGCAGCUAUGGUGGGUGCUCAGCAGCUGGAGCUGGCUGCGGGCCGAGCAGCGCCAAACACCGGGGAACACCCUUACGAGUGCUUGGAGUGUGGCAAAGCCUUCAGAUGGUCCUCACGCCUCGUCCACCACCAGCGCACCCACACGGGUGAACGACCCUACAAGUGCUCCGAGUGCCCCAAAGCUUUCAAGGGCUCCUCGGCGCUGCUCUACCACCAGCGCAGCCACACGGGCGAGCGGCCCUACAAAUGCUCCGAGUGUCCCAAAGCCUUCAAGCGCUCGUCGCUGCUGCAGAUCCACCAGAGCGUGCACACAGGGCUGCGUGCCUUCAAGUGUGCACUGUGCGGGCUGGCCUUCAAGUGGUCCUCGCACUACCAGUACCACCUGCGGCAGCAUACGGGUGAGCGGCCCUACAAGUGCACCUCCUGCCCCAAAGCCUUCAAGAACUCCUCCAGCCUCCGCCGCCACCGCCACAUCCACACAGGCGAGCGGCCCUACGUCUGUUCCGCCUGCGGCAAGGCCUUCACCCAGUCCACCAACCUCCGUCAACACCAGCGCACCCACACAGGAGAGCGGCCCUACGCCUGUUCCCAUUGCUCCAAGACCUUCACUCACUCUUCCAACCUCCUCCUCCAUCAGCGAACCCACUCCAGCACCCGGUCCCACAAGUGCCCGACUUGCCCCAAAGCCUUCGUCUCAGAUGCCUGCUUGCAGAAGCAUCUGCAGAGCCAUGCCGCAUCCCCGUUGUUGCCAUCCCCGUUGUCCCCAUCCCAGCUGUCCCCACCGCCACUGCUCCUGGAGGCGGUGGAGAUGCUGUGGAAGUGCGCUGAGUGCCACCUGGCUUUCCCCAGCCAGGAGCAGUUGCUGGGCCACCAACGCAGCCACCCACAGCCAGCAACACCAGGGGACAUCACCACAACAGCCACCCAUCGCUGCCCCACCUGUGGCAAGACCUUCAAGAACAGCUCAGGGUUGGCACGGCACAGGCACAGCCAUGGUGCUGAACGGCCCUACAAGUGCUCGCAGUGCCACAGGAGCUUUGGGCAGCUGGCUGGGCUGCUGGGCCACCAGCGGGGUCACUCGGCAGAAACACCGCAUCCCCCUCCAGCAGCCCCAACCCCGACCUCGGUACCGUCGGAGCGUCCCUACCAAUGCACCGAGUGUGGCAAAGCCUUCAAGGGCUCCUCAGGGUUGCGUUACCACAUGCGGGACCACACAGGCGAACGGCCCUACAAGUGCUCCGAGUGCCCCAAGGCCUUCAAGCGCUCCUCACUGCUUGCCAUCCACCAGCGGGUGCACACGGGGCUGCGUGCCUUCAAGUGCGCCGAGUGCGGCCUCACCUUCAAGUGGUCCUCGCACUACCAGUACCACCUGCGGCUGCAUACUGGCGAGCGGCCCUACGCCUGUCCCGACUGCCCCAAGGCCUUCAAGAACACCUCCUGCCUCCGCCGCCACAGGCAGCUGCACACAGGUGAGCGGCCUCACGCCUGCCCCAUCUGCGGCAAGGCCUUCACCCAGACCUCCAACCUCCGCCAACACCAGCGCACCCACACAGGCGAGCGGCCCUAUGCCUGUUCCCACUGCGGCAAAACCUUCACCCAUUCCUCCAACCUCCAGCUCCACCAACGCACCCACUCCAGCGCCCGGCCCCACCAGUGUCCCCUCUGCCCCAAAGCCUUUGUCAUGGCCUCCUACCUCCAGCGGCACCUCCGCACCCAUGCAGCUGGCCCCAAAGGGUCCCCUCGCCCUGUCCCGACACUGCAGCACGACGGCCCCAUCCUGCAGGCUGCCCUCAGCCUGGAGGUGACGGCUCCUGAUGCCCACACCUUCCUGCUGCUGCAGACGCCGCAGGGUCUCCAGCUCAUCCCCAGCCCUCCACCGGCCCCACAGAAGCUCAUCCUGUUCCCCACAGCUUCCCAGUUACCCCCCAAACACCAAGGGGAGUCCCCAACCCCUGGGCAGAGCCUUCUGCUUGUGCCCAGCACGGGGACCACGCUGCCCACAUUGCGGCUACAGGCAGUCACGGCUGUCCCACAGGGGACGGGGACCGGUAUCCUCAUUCUGCAGGGCCUCCCUGAGCAGCCCCUGCACCCAGCAGGCAUCCCGCAGGGACAGGCAGCAGUGGAGGGGGCGGCUGUCAGGCUGCAGGCCAAUGAGGUGACAAAUGUCCAGUUACAGGCGCUGCCACAAUCUACAGAUGUCACCAGCAUUCCGCUCCAAGCUACUGAGGUGACGAAUGUCCAGCUGCAAGCCCUGCCACAACCCACAGAUGUCACCAACAUCCAGCUCCAAGCCACUGAGGUGACGAAUGUCCAGCUGCAAGCCCUGCCACAACCCACAGAUGUCACCAACAUCCAGAUGCAAGCUACUGAGGUAGCAAAUGUUCAGAUGCAAGCUCUUCCACAGCCCUCAGAUGUCACCAACAUUGAGCUGCAGGCUGCCGAGGUGACAAAUGUCCAUCUCCAAGCUCUGUCACAACCCUCUGAGGUCACCAACAUCCAGUUGCAAGCUACUGAGGUAGCAAAUGUUCAGAUGCAAGCUCUUCCACAGCCCUCAGAUGUCACCAACAUUGAGCUGCAGGCUGCCAAGGUAACAAAUGUCCAUCUUCAAGCUCUGUCACAACCCUCUGAGGUCACCAACAUCCAGCUGCAAGCCAGUGAGGUGACCAAUGUCCAGCUCCAAGCCUUGCCGCAUCCCUUGGACGUCACAAACGUCCAGCUGCAAGCCCUACCACAGUCCACAGAUGUCACCAAUGUUGAGCUGCAAGCCACUGAAGUGACAAAUGUUCAGCUGCAAACCUUGCCGCAACCGUCAGAGGUGACCAGCAUCCAGCUCCAGGCCACUGAGGUGCCCAACAUGCAGCUCCAGACCACAGAGGUGACCAGUGUUCAGCUGCAGGCCACUGAGGUGCCCAACAUCCAGCUCCAAAACACGGACGUAACAAAUGUCCAUCUUGAGAACACGGAUGUACCUGAUGUCCAUCUUGAAACUGUGGAGGUGCCCAGUGUCCAUCUUGAGACCACGGAGGUGCCCAGCGUCCAUCUCCAAGCCACUGAGAUGGCCAACAUCCAACUCCAAGCCACUGAGAUGGCCAGUGUUCAUCUCCCAGCCAACGAUGUGGCCAACACUCAUCUCCAAGACACAGAGGUGACCAAUCUCCAUGUUGAGUCCACCGAAGUGCCCAACAUCAAUCUCCAAGCCACAGAUGUGGCCAAUGUCCAGCUCCAAACCACAGAGGUGACCAGUGUCCAUCUGGAGACCUCAGAGGUGCCCAGCAUCCACCUCCAAGCUACUGAUAUGGCCAAUGUCCAUCUCCAAGCCACCGAGGUGCCCAGUGUCGACCUUGAGACCAUGGAGGUACCUGACGUUCAUCUUGAGACUGUGGAGGUGCCUGAUGUCCAUCUCCAGACCACUGAGGUGACCAGUGUCCAGCUCCGAGCUGUGGAGGUGCCCAACAUCCAUCUCCAGACCACCGAGGUGCCCAACAUCCAGCUCCAGACCCUGGAGGUGCCCCCAGUCCACUUACAGCCCCCAUCGGGAGCCCAACCAGCCCCUCUACCCUCCGGGGUGUCGCUUCCAGCGGGCCCAGAGGUGCUGCUGGUGCAGGGAUGCCCAGAACCGGCCAUAGGGCUGGGUGUGCUGCAGACAUCUGAAGGGCUUCGCAGUGUCCUGGUGCUGCGGGGCUCCAGUGACCAGUCCCCAAUGCCCACCCCGGCACCCCCAAAAGUCCUGGUCCUACGUGGGGAGCCUCGUCAGGGGGGAGUUGGUGAGGGUCCUGCUGUGGUGCAGCUGCUCCCUGGCUCCCCGACCCCCCACCUGCCAGCUGUGCAGGGGGUGCAGGUGCUGCCAGGGGCGAGCUUGUACAUACCUUCUGAGAGGGAACACAGACCCCACAGCCAUGCCACCAGCCCCCAUGUCCACCCUGUGGCCCCCACAGUGGCCACAUGGCCUCUACAGAGACACAGUGGCUGCCCCAGGGCCAUCCAGAGGCCUCCACGUAGCCCCCCACAGCUGCUACAACCACUAUAGCUACCCCAUGCUCUCCUCUAAGGAUCCUACGGAUGCCUUAGGGCCAUCGCAGCCACCCCACAACAUCCCAUGGCCCCCUGCCAGCCACCUUGUAGCCACUGCAGACAUCUCACAGCAUCUCCUGUCCAUCCCACAGCUGCCUCUUGGCCAUCUUAUGGCCACUGCAGCCAUCCCACAAUGACCAUCUGUUGAAUGCUGUAUGAUCACUACAGACAUCCCACAGCACCUGCUGGCCACCUUAUGGCCACCACAGGCACGCUGCAGGACUCCAGAGCCAACUGUUGGCCACCACAAACAUCCCACAGCUCCACAUUAUCAUCUCAUGGCCACCACAAACACCCCAUAGCUACCUUAUGACCACUCUACUGGACUCCGUAGCCACCUCCUGGACAUUUUAUGGUCAUUGCCGCUACCCUACAGCCCCCCAGAGACCAUCUCUUUUCUGUCUCAUGGCCACCACACCCAUCCCAUAGCCACCUUAUGGCUACCACAGCACCCCAUGGCCACCCAGUGGCUGUCACACCAAUCUUGUAGCAUCUCAUGGCCACGCCAUAUCCACCUCUCGGCCACCUUGUGACCACCACAGCACCUCAUGGCCACCAUACCCACCCCGUAACCACGUUAUGGCCACCAGAACACCCUACAGGACUCCACUGCCACUUAUAGGCCACCCCUUAGUCAGUUCAUGGCCAUAACAGCGUGGGGGCGAGCAGCACUGCGGGCCGGUGAGCAAUGGGGUGCGGGAGCUGGGGGGGCGGAACAGAUGUAGCACGGUUUCCGCCCGGGCCAGAUUAAUAAACGGAGCGUCCCGGCCCACA